AUGAUAUGGCGGGCACAGGCCUGCGAUCUCCGGGCCGUACUGUCCACCGGUCAGGGAUGUGAUGGCUAUUCAACGCAACACAUAAUUAAGCAAAAUGAGAGAGGGUGGGUGUUUGAGAAAAAAAUACUACAAGCUCAACAUUGCAUUUUUACAAUGAACGAGCUAGCUGACUUACUCAACACAAUGACCUGUGUGUUUCAAGUGCUAUUCCGGGCCGUACUGACCACUCACAUGCGCCUAUACAACGACUACGUGGCGCCGAUGUUCCCGCACUGGAAAGUCCCGUUCCCGGACGGGUCGGCCAGUCUCGACGGCUCCGGACCUGAAAUUCCCGACUCUUAUAAACGGUUUCAAACAUUUAUGGGUAUUGUACGCGAGUUUGGCGACUAUCUGCGACCCGUCAACAAACAACUCAUGCCCGCGAACCCACUCAACCUGAAGGACAGGCAGCGUCUGGAGGGUAAGGUGGCUGUGGUUACCGGCGCUGACGAGGCCAUCGGCAGGGAUACCGCCAUCGAGUUGAGUAAACUUGGUUUUAAGGUAAUUAUGGGCGUGACUGACGUGGAGGCCAUGGAGAGAGUGCUGAAGAUUAUCAGACAGACCAACGAGAGCGCUGUUGCCAACAUUACCCCGAUUAGUCUGGACAUGUCAUCGCUGGCCUCUGUCCGCCUGUUCGCCGAUGUGGUCACUAAACAGGAGCCGAAGAUUGAUCUGUUGGUCAACAGUGGCGACGAGUUUAGCGAUAAAAAGUAUAUCACCAAGGACGGUUUCGAGAGAAAUUUUGUUGAGAAUUACCUUAGCCACUUUUUAGUUACCAGGUUGUUAAUUCCUAACCUAGCUAAGUCGACGAGUCCCCGUAUUAUUAACGUGUCGUCAGUAGCCCAUCAUUUUGGCUCCAUUAAUAUAAACGAUGUGAACUAUGAGAAAGGUUUCUACCUGCCCCUAACCGCGUAUAACCAGAGCAAAUUGGCCCAGGUGCUGUUCACCCGAGAGCUGGCCAAACGUGUGAAAGAGACCGACAUUCAUGUGUAUGCCGUAAAUCCGGGUGUUUUGCGAAACCGUAAACGCAUUUCCAAUCGCUAUAUAUUUAGUGACGUUUUGCACAAAAUGUCGGUCAAUAAUAUCGGCGUUCAGGGAGUGCUAUACGUGGCCCUCGAGGACAAGUUCAAAAACGAAUCUGGUCAUUAUUAUAGAAAUCACGAGAGGGUAGAGUUUCUGACUGAGAGGGCGUCCGACGACGUGAUGGCCAAGAAGUUGUGGGAUUUGAGCAGCGAUUACGUGAAGCUCGAGACCGACGUACAGCUCGAGCCCAAGGAUAAGAUGGUCGAGUCGGUGGCCGCGCAGCCCGUGGUAGACGUGGCUGAGGCCCAGAAACCUGUUGAGGAUAAGGCCAUUGAGGCCGAGUCACAGCCCGCGGUCGCUGCCCCGACCGAUGAGGCUAAAACUACUGAGUUAUAA